ACAACUCGAGAAUCAACAAAAUUCCGUUAAAGUAAUUGCAAUCGUAUAAACCACUCGCUUAUACCGUUGAGUGUUCCUCGCUCCCUCUCCCUCUCCCUCUCCAUCUCCCUCUCCCUAUGUAUUUGUAUUUCUAGGGUUCUUUUAAAUUUCUACGAUUUCUCAGUUUCCACGUUUUAAUUUAUUGGUAAUCUUUUUGGGUUUGUUUCCAUGGAAUCGAUUAGAUCUCCCUAUUGGUGCUACAGAUGCAACCGCUUCAUUCGGAUCCGGGUCCGUUCUCCCCAUGAUUCGAUCAACUGCCCCGACUGUGGCGGAGGGUUCAUCGAAGAGAUCGAAACGCCCUCUCGAUCUCCCAUCCACCACCGUUUCCCUGCCGCCGCCAUGUAUUCCGACACGCCAAGCCCCGCUCUCAGCCCAAGCCCCAGCGCCACUCCUCAUUUCCGCCGCACUCGUCGAAACGCUGGUGAUCGCUCCCCUUUCAAUCCUGUUGUCGUCCUCCGUGGACCCACCUCCGAAGCCGAUGGUAUAGUUACCGAUAGAGGUAAUAGAAAUUUUGAGCUUUAUUAUGAUGAUGGGUCCGGAUCGGGUCUUCGUCCCCUGCCUGCAAGCAUGUCGGAGUUUUUAAUGGGGUCAGGUUUUGAUCGGCUUCUUGAUCAGUUAUCUCAAUUAGAAGCGAACGGGGUUGGUCGUCUCGAUCAACCGCCUGCCUCCAAAGCGGCAAUUGAAUCAAUGCCGGUGAUAAAAAUCCUAGGAAGCCAUGUAAGGUUGGAAAAUCACUGUGCAGUUUGUAAAGAGCCUUUCGAACUCCACUCGGAAGCUCGUGAAAUGCCUUGUAAGCAUAUAUACCAUAUGGAUUGUAUUUUACCUUGGCUUUCCAUUCGAAACUCUUGUCCAGUUUGCCGCCAUGAAUUGCCAACAGAUAACAACGGAAAUAACUUGGUGGAAAACGGUGCUGUUAGAGAUGAAGAAGCUGUGGGAUUAACCAUAUGGAGGUUGCCGGGAGGUGGGUUUGCUGUGGGGAGAUUUACAGGAGGGACGAGAGCUGCGGAGAGGGAGUUUCCAGUUGUGUUUACUGAAAUGGAUGGUGGAUUCAAUAAUGCAGGUGCUCCGAGGAGGAUUUCAUGGGCGCCUGGUGGGAGAAGGUCGCAAGAGAGUGGAGGAUUAGGACGUGUAUUUCGGAGUUUUGUUUCUUUUUUCGGGAGGUUUAGAAGUUCAUCACGUUCAGGCUCAGAUUCUGGAUUUACAAGGAGAAGUACAUCGAGUUCAGUGUUUGGGAGGUCAUUGAGAAGGGAUAGCCGAUGGGAUUUUGAGGAUUGAACGAUGGUUGAAUGUAUCUUUUGUCCGUUGUUAUGUUAACCUUUCUUUCGCAUUUAAUCUGAUACUACAUUAGCUGCAGUUUUCUUCAAGGGAAAGGGAUGUUUGUAUGUUGUAUGAUUUUACUUUGUUGUAAAUAACAACACUUUUGGUGAAGGAAUGAAGCAUUGUUCGUAUUUAGUUCCUGUCGAAAGAGAAAGAAGCUUUGAUGAGUCGUUAUGUGCACCAACGCAGCAGAAGAAGUGAAUGAAGUCGAAAGUUUUGUGGCUAGUAGGGUCAUUUAGUGGUUGCUGAGGUACUAACCUCGCAUAUAGAUUUAUCUUAGGCCUAAAAAGUUCAAUUCGUAAGUUUCUUCGCCAUAAUUUAUGUUGUUCUAUCUUUCUUACAUGUAUUUAUUAUCAGAAAUCUGUUGUUUAUUUGCAGUUAAUUCAAUUGAGUUGUUUAUGUUAUCUUUUGGGUUUACUUGACUAGAAGGCAAUCUACCUGCAGCCACUGUUCUACUUGUUUUAUUGUUUGUUUGAAUUACUUAAUCAUGUGAUGGAUUCUGCAAAUUUUAAUUGUGCA